AUGGUAGCGACGCUGGGCAGCACCGGGCUGUGCGGCGGCUUGCCUGAAGGCUCAGGGAAGUGCUGUUUCUUCUUGCUUCAGGUAGAGACAGCAUUUGCUUGGUGGAUUGGAAACUGCGGAGAAGGUGACUGCCAGCUCCAAACACCUUGUCAAAUCCAGAAGUGCACCACUGAUUUUGUAUCCUUAACUUCACAUUUAAACUCGGCUCUUGAGGGCUUUGAUUUGGAGUUCUGCAAGGCUCUGCGAGCGUAUUCUGCCUGUACCUAUCGCAAUUCCAAAGCAUGCCGUGGAAACCUGGUCUAUCAUUCUGCAGUGCUUGGGAUCAGCGACCUCAUGAGCCAGAGAAACUGUUCCAAAGAUGGACCGACAUCCUCCACCAACCCUGAAAUGACCCAUGAUUCUUGCAAUUACAGUGGCCACACAGAAGCCAGAGAACAUCAGGGAGGGGAAAAGUCUCCUUCUCUUACUUACCUAUUCUGUGGCUUGUUUGGUGAUCCUCAUCUGAGGACUUUUAAAGAUCACUUCCAGACGUGCAAAGUAGAAGGUGCUUGGCCCCUCAUAGACAACAACUACUUAUCGGUGCAAGUGACCAAUGUGCCUGUAGUCCCAGGAUCCAGUGCUACUGCUACAAAUAAGAUAACUAUUAUCUUUAAGUCAUACCGAGACUGUACAGAUCAGAAAGUAUAUCAAGCAGUAACUGAUGACUUACCUGCAGCUUUUGUUGAUGGCACAACAAGUGGAGGUGAUGGGAACACAAAGAGCUUGCGAAUUGUGGAGAAAGUCAGUGGCAAUUAUGUUGAAAUGCAUGCUAAGUACAUUGGAACAACGGUGUAUAUACGCCAGCUUGGGCGCUACUUAACACUGGCCAUUCGCAUGCCUCAAGAGUUGGUUAUGGCCUACGAGGAGAGCCAGGAUCUGCAGCUCUGUGUGAACGGUUGCCCUUCAAGUGAGCGCAUUGAUGAUAGUGGCCACUUACCAUUGCCUGUGAGGGGGCAGUUGCUCCCUCAGGGUGGUGCUGCUCAUCCCUGGUCAGCGUACACACUGGAAACUGCCACCACCAAAUGCCAUGAGAAGAUGCUGCUGAAGGACAUCUAUUUUUACUCAUGUGUAUUUGACCUGCUCACCACUGGUGAUGCUAACUUCACAGCUGCUGCUUACAGUGCCUUGCGGGAUGUGGAAGCACUGCACCCCAGAAAAGAGCACUGGCAUAUUUUUCCCAGCAGUGGAAGUGACAGUGUGUGCAAGGAUGGGAAAUUCUUUGUUGGUCUUGGACUUGUGUGCUUGAUGCUUCUUGCUGUUUUGUAGGAGGGUUUUGUCUGUAACUAAGUUUUGGAAUAUAUAUUGUCAUAAUAUAUUGAAUAAAGAUGAGUAUGUAAGUAUAUACCAUGUAUAUGAAGGGAUGCUUUGUCUUGGGACACCCACCAGAUUGUACAUAUUGUGUGAACUGUUUUAUGUAUGUUUGAUGUAGUAUUCUUUGUAUCUAUUUGAUUUGCAGUUGGUGAAAUAUUUUAUAAUGUCUCUGCAGUGAGAUGUGAUAGAAAGCACUUUAUUUUUUGUAUAUUGAAUAUUUAUGUGUAUCUGAGUAACUCUGUAUUAUACAUAUAAACAUGUGCAUAUAAUACUCAGUAAUCUCUCUGAGUACUACUUGGUUUAAC